AUGGCCGUCUCUGCUACUGGGACAGGACAAGCGCUGGCUUGGCUCGAGGUGGCAGCAGGACUCAUGACGUGGACGUGGAAACUCAAGCUUGGGGUCUCCUUGGUGUGUUUCGCGCUGAUGCUGUUCAUGUACUGGGGGCGCGGUCGACGCCUUCAGCGGCUGCAACUGCUCGCGACAACCAACGACCCUGCCGACAACGCGGCAGAGAGUGGGGAAGCCCAAGCAGAGCCGAUGCUGGACCUGGUUCGUGGGCUAAGAAAAAUGCUUCUGGAGCUCCAGUCCCUUGUGACAGAAGAAGGGGCAAUGACGCGACAGGGCAUGCUCUUCGAGGAUGUGCAAGCUCGAAUUCAAGCUGUGGUGAACAAGGCGGUGUCGAAUUCGAAUGCACUGGAGAAGAUCGUCCAGAGGCUCGAGACCAUCCACUCUGGACUGGCGAAAACAGACUACCUGCAGACCUUGAAGAAAGACCUGCAGGAGUUCUUUGAGAAGACUGGGCUGGCACAGAACGAGGACCUCGUCAAGAAGCUGGAUGCCUUUUUGAAGAAGGCCUUUGAGAAGCUCAAGUCUGACACAGAGGCAUCACUUGUGACGUGCACGACGACAAUCCAGAGCGACUUCAAUGUCCUUAAGAAGAACCAGUCCCUUUUCGGCUCGGCCAUGGGGGACAAAUUCCAGGAGAUCCUCAAGGAGAUGGCCAAGAACUACGACAACAUGCAGAAGGUGUGCAAGGAGACCAGGGACCUGGUUCGUUAG